AUGCCAUCUACAAUGGCGGUCAUCUCUGCAGUCUCACAAACCUUUACAAACCUUCUUCUUCCCAAUCGCCUCCAUUUGGGAAUCCCUCAUCUCAAUCCAUCCUCCAAACCCAGAAAAUGUCUCUCAAAAGUGUCACUGGUAGCUUCCAACAACAAGGGCGGGAAAUUUUCGCGCCCGAGUCGCAUUACUGGACCAGCUUUCGCAAUUUUGCGGGUUGGUCCUGAAAAGAUUCAUUCUGGGAGGUUGAUUUCUGUGAAUUCCUCGGCGUAUGAGGCUAGUUCAACCUCUUCGAGCCUUCAAAGCACGGUUCGUAAGCUGCUGCAUUUGGUAGUUUCUUUGGGAAUUAUUCUGGCCAUGGACAAGUUUCUGAAGAAGGCUUUUGUGGCUGCUGCCAUCAAGUUCCCGAGUGCUUUGUUCGGGAUGUUUUGCAUAUUCACCAUUUUGGUGGUGCUCGAUUCUACUGUCCCGGCUGCCGCGGCUGGCUUGAUGAACUUCUUCCAGCCGGCCCUUCUCUUUAUCCAGAGGUGGCUGCCUUUGUUCUAUGUGCCGUCUUUGGUGGUUCUGCCUCUUGCAGUCAAGGAUAUUCCAGCUGCCUCAGGUCUUAAGAUUGUUUUCAUUAUAGUUGGGGGUUGGCUGGCUUCACUAUGUGCAGCAGGUUUUACAGCCAUAUCUGUGAGAAAGAUGGUCAACACUGAAAUGAUACCAGCCGAACCCAUGCCAAAGCCUUCUUCGUUUUCUUCGAUUGAGUUAUGGUCUUGGAGUGGUAUAUUCAUAAUAUCUUUUGUAUCUGCAUUGUAUUACCCGACUGUACUUGGAACCAAUGCUAGGACGUGUUUGCCCUUUCUCCUUGCUUCCACGGUAAUAGGCUACAUGUUUGGUUCCCGGCUACCGUCAGGUGUGAAAAUGGUCUUUCAUCCCAUUAUUUGCUGCGCAUUGUCAGCUGAUCUGGCAGCAUAUGCUUAUGGGCAACUUUCGCGGUCUGGACUUGAUCCAGUUCUAGGAUACUAUCUCACAAAGAUCUCAUCGAAUCCUGGAGCUGGUGACAUUUUGAUGGGAUUUCUUGGAUCGGUUAUUCUCUCGUUCGCCUUCUCAAUGUUUCAACAGAGAAAGCUGGUGAAGAGACAUGCUGCUGAGAUAUUCACCUCUGUGAUCCUAUCCACGUUGUUCUCUUUGUACUCAACUGCUUUAGUUGGCCGUCUUGUUGGUCUCGAACCAUCAUUGACCGUAUCAAUUUUACCCAGAUGCAUAACUGUGGCUCUUGCUCUCAGCAUAGUAUCUUUCUUUGAAGGUGCCAAUUCAUCUCUUACAGCGGCCGUUGUUGUGGUAACUGGACUAGUUGGGGCCAAUUUUGUUCAGACGGCUCUCGACAAAUUAGGAUUUCGUGAUCCUAUUGCUCGUGGAAUAGCAACUGCAUCAAGCGCGCAUGGGUUAGGUACAGCUGCAUUAUCGGCAAAAGAACCUGAGGCUCUUCCAUUUUGUGCAAUUGCGUAUGCACUGACUGGGAUUUUCGGUUCUGUGAUUUGCUCCGUUCCAGUUGUCAGACAAAGCUUGGUAGCUGUAAUAGGCUAA